AUGUUUUCCACCAGCCCCAACGAUACUGAUUGUCUUCUUUUCGCUAUGGAACUGAGCGGGCCCCGAGAAGAUUCAUUGAGCAUCAGGUCCGAAUCAUCUCAGACCUCAAGGAUCAGCCUCGGAUCGAAAUCCUUUCUGCUUACAACCCCUGUCGUACAAACCGUCGCAGUGGAGCCAAUCAUCCAACGCAAUCACUAUCGACACGCAAGGGUCGAGCUGGGCCUAUACCUUCUCAUGGACUCGGAACCCACACAAAGCGACUUCUCCCUACCUUCUGCUCGCCACCAGUCUUCUUCUUCAUCUACCGAUGAUUACUGGAACGACUGCUCCGAAACUUCGAUCUCUUUCGAUGAAAAUAUCCCUUCCCAUCUUUACACCCCUCGGCGUCUGCCAAUCACCCAAUUGAUCAAGAAUUGGUGGAGAUAUCGUUAA